CUUAAUAUAUUGUAGUUCAUUUAUUUAUUGUGAAAUAAUUAAAUACUUUUAAACAUUGCAAUUACAACUAUAUUAUUAAGAUAAUACCGUGAUCAUUUACGAAAAGUCAUUUCACUGUUGUGUUUUACGUGAAAAAUGGAAUAUUACUUUCAGUCUCAUUUCGCUCUUAAUCAAACAGCUGUUUUCUUGUAAAUAUUGCCUCUGAAAUCAUCAUGUGCUGCUGAGGUACUAUAAAUAUAGUAGCUCCUUCGGGAGCUACUUCAGAGCUGCGCUCUACAUAAUACCUGCAUAAAGAAUAUCAUAACCAUUUUCUCAUAUCAACAGAAUAUAUUAAUACUAUUGUAUUCUAGUCUAUAAAACUUCAUAGAAGAAAAGUACCAAGUAAAAUAAUUGGCCAGCACUAAAUGAUUAAAUAAGAUUUUGUAUAAGCUUUCAUACAACUAAAUCUGAUUUUGUUUCGGAAUAAAAACACUAAGCAUGAGUAAACAGAAAGCAGAAGUUGAUUGCACAUCAAAGUGCAAAUCUCGCAACCACGGCCAGGUACUCACAAGUGCAAUUACAAAGCGAUCAAUUAGCGAUGAAGCCCUUGCUAGUUUUAUCAAGGCCACAUGUUCGAAUUUUGUCAAGGCUUUUGAUAAAGAGGGGCGAACGCCUCUUCACGUAGCAGCCUCUCGAGGCAGGGUUGCACUAAUGGAAUGGCUCAUCAAGCAUUCGUCGGAAGCUUUUGCAAAUGCCCGAGAUCGCGAGUCAGGCUACACGCCUCUCCAUAGAAGCAUAUUUUAUGGUCAAAUACAUGCGGCUGUAUCCUUAAUGAAAAUUGGCUUAAACACCGAUAUAGUCGACAAGGAUGACUACAAGGCGUUAGAGCACGCCAUGCUAGACCGGCACUACAUGUACGAACACGAAGGCGGUCAGCCCAGCGAGGUGUACGUGUGGGGAAGCAAUUCGAACUACACCCUCGGAACGGGCACGCAGCAGCAACGCAACACCCCGGAAUUGCUCACGUAUUUCAGCCGCAAUAAUUUAUCUGUUAAACAGGUCUGCCUCGGUAAGUUUCACAGUGUGUGGCUAACGUCGGGCCCAAAUGGGAAUGAAGUCUGGUGCUGUGGACAGUGCGGAAGGGCGGGCGGGCCGCAAUAUACUGCUCUUAGACCCACGCCAUUGAAAUUAGCGGAGCCGUGCGUCAGUGUUGCCAUAACAUUGAACUCAACUGUGCUUCUACUCGAGAGCGGGGCUGUAAUUCAGUAUACUUUGGACGGCACGGAAAACGUCAGUCAAUCGAAUACGAAAACGCCGUCCUGUAUCAAACUGCCUGCGGUGAGGCCCCUCAUGAAGCUGUCGGCGCCCCUCGGGGUCCGCGCCGGCCGGACCCACGCCGUGGUCUGGAACAGCCGGGCCGUGUACACGUGGGGCACGAACCUGGGCCAGCUGGGACACCCGCAACAGGACGGAGACAUACCAGCGCCUAAACGAGUAAUGAUAUCAAUGAACAAUAGAGACGAACCCGGACUGGAGUUAGUGGAGACAGGAGACGCGGCCACCGUGUUGACGACGAGUCGAGGCGACGUUUACUUACUGCACAAGUUUAUAUGUAAAAAAAUCGCAAUUAAACAAAUAAACCUGCGUCAGGUGUGCGUGGAAGCGCGGGUGAGCAACCAAACCGGCUUCACGCGAGUCACCGUGCUGCUACUGACCAACGUCGGACAAUUACUGCUCUGGCAAGACACCACUAACCAACUCACAAGAUGCGUAUUUGGUCUCCAGCAUCAAACCAUCAUAACCCAAGCCGUUCUCACACACGAAGCUCUCUAUUUCACGACUAAGCACGGCGAAGCGUUCGUCGGCUACAUAUCGCGUAGGACCUCGCCCAUAGCUCUAUCUCAGCCAAUCAGGAAAGAGAAGGAAAGAGACAACAAGAGCACCCUUGUGAAGUUCUUAGAAAAAGGCGACUGUACUUCUGUCAGGAUAAUGAAAAUACCGAAUAUAUAUCGUGCCGUCUCUAUUGCAGUCGAUGGCGAGGGAUUAAACUAUGCCUGUCUACAGAUCAAACCCACAUGCGGCUUGAGGUCUGUGCCGGAGCUAUCGCCGACGAGUUUGUCGAAGCACAUGGAGUCUCUACGUGAAACUGCCGCCGUAGACGACUUACUGCACGACGUUUUGUUUAAAGUAGGCACGAAACUGUAUCCCGCCCACAUCUACAUUAUAGCAACGAGCAGUGAAUACUUAUAUAAAAUGUAUCAAGAGAACCUAACGGACAACAACGAGAAACCAAUAAUUACAUUGAACAAUAUCCAUCCCGACGUUUUCGAUAGAAUAUUAAAAUACACUUACACAGGGACAUGCGAUGUUGCGGAACUGGGCCCUUGCAGUUUGAAGAUUAAAAAGGAAGAUGUCAUCGGAAAGAAAGAUUUGGAUGAUAUUGAUAUUGAAGUAGAUGUUAUUGAGAACUCGUCCGAAAUAUCAGCGUACGAAGUCUACAGCAAACAAAACGAGAAAUCGACCAGGAAAUCACGUAAUCGCCGCAGUACUGAAACUCCGACCAGACAAAACUUGUACUGUGACCCCGUAAGGAUGGUGCAGGCCGCCGCUAAAAGACUCCACGUUAAGGGACUACAAAAACUUCUUGAUAAGUUCUAUUACAGAGAUGGCGCUGUGCUUCUCAGAGAAAAUGCGACGUCCAUAAAAAACGCUCCACUAUAUUGGGACCGGGAUGCAUUCCCAGAACUGGUCGACACUAAUGUCUGUUCCAAGGAUGGAAUGCUAAUUUCUGCUCAUAAGUGUGUUCUCGCAGCCCGCUUGGAAUACUUCAAUGGGAUGUUUAUGCAUUCUUGGACUGAGAGCAAGCUGCUAUCGAAAGUGUCCCUUCCAAUCAACCACAGUAUUCUAUUGCCGGUCAUCAAUUUUCUAUACACCGACGUUUGUCCGGAAGUCGAAAACUGUGACAGUAUCGAUUUUAUUUGCAACUUAUUGAUUGUCGCCGAUCAACUAUUCAUAACAAGGUUGCGCGAGAUGUGCGAGAUUGCUUUAGCAAAUUUGAUUACGCUCAAAAACUGCGCUGAAUUGUGUCAAUUUGCUCACACGUACAACUCGACCCAACUAAAACAGUGCUGCAUGGAAUUCAUAUCACUCAACUUAUGCAGCAUCUUGGAGAACAGAUGUCUCGAUCUAUUGGAAGAAUCAUUACUUGACGAUAUCACGAAUUACUAUUGUAAAUUUAACCCGAUAAUGUCUUCAAGAGUUAUAACGCCAUUCUUUAAUGCUCCUUCGGACGAAGUUAUAGAUGAAUUCGCUAAAAAUUUCCCAAUCGAUUUAAAUUACGUAGAUGAAGAUGUCAAAAGACAAGACACUGCAGAGUUAACGAAGAAGAAAAAGCCUUCAAAAAAGAUAGAGUACACAGAUAGAGAAAAGGAAAGAAUGAGAUAUGAAUCGGUGAACUCGGUAUCUUCACUUGACCUUUCAAAUGAGACUGGUGAUAUUACAUUGUCUCUCAGCAAUAUUGAGAAGGACGAGAAGGGCUCUAAAGAAAAGCAAGAGAAAUGGAUCGAGGUACCGUCAUCACAAACAAAACAAAGCAAAGUAGUCCAAGCUCGAUUGAAAGCCAUAAGUAAUGCCAAAGAGAUUCUCGAUGAGAUUCCCACAGAAUCAUUCACAAAGCUGACUAAAAGUAGCUCCUCCAGCGCUAUGAUUGUUGUAGAACCAUCCACAUCACGCAUGUCGGUCUCUCCAAAAGAUUCUCCUAUUGCAGAAAUGGCUAGAAGCCCUCAAAACAAUAUUUUUAUAAGUCAUGUUGGACCAAAACUAUCCCAAAAGCAAAGGAAAAAAUUAGCAAUGCAAGGCAAUGAACCAAACACAAGUUUGAAUGAUUAUCUGUCUGAUAAAUUGAACAUAGGCAGUCCUACAAGCAAACCCAAAAAUCCUUGGAAACUAUGUGAAACUCCAAUAGCAUGUAACAGUCCAAACUUCAAACCUGUGGAAUUUGAUAAAAUAUUGACUGAUCAAAAGAAGCAAAAGGAGAACUCUUCAAGAAUUAUGACGAAGUCUUUGACAUUAACACAGCUUGAAGAUAAAGCAAUAGAGCAACUGGAGAGGUUUUACAAUGUACAUGAGAUUGAUGAUGAACUCAUAACUGUUCGUCGCAUUGAGCUUCUGGUGUCUGCACCUCAAUGGAUCCACACUGCCCCAAAAUGAAAAUGUGCUAUUUUGUAUUUAAAUAUUUUUAAUAUAUGACAUUUGAAUGCUGA